AUGGAAAAGAAAUAAGAGAGUGGUUAGAAUACUUUAAUGUCUUUAUGGAGUAAAAGGACUUCUAUUGAUACCGAUUUAAAUGAGACUCCCUCUGUAUAUUUAGACAUGGGUAGUGCUUAUAUUUAUUUAAAUAUUAGAGUAUUCUUAAGACAUUUAAAAGUAUAAUUUUGUCAUAGGAAUUUUGAAACCAGGAUAAAAAAGGAUAGGUUUAAUUGCCAUUAAUAAAAAUAAAUUAUCAAUUGCAGGCAUUUUGGGGAUAAAGAAAUUUAAGAAGUGA